UCCAAACUUCUUCAAUUCAUAACACUUCCAGUUACUACCACACGAGAGGAAUGGUUUUCAACAGUCUAUCGAUUGAUACUUUUUAAACUAUAAACUAGAUUCAAUUUGUUAUCAGAACCAUUUCCAAAGUUGAAAAUCAAAACUUUUUUCAACUACCUACUUAUUAUUGUACAUAAAUGCAUAAUAUUAUAUAGAUACGCAAAAAACGCAGUAUUAUAAAAUCAAUAUAUGUUAUACAUGGAACAGUACAUAAUAUAUGUAUAGAAUUACUAGAAAGUAAAAUUGUAAAUUUUAUGUUAGUAUUAUAUCACGAAAAUGCUCGUAAAGGUAAUUUGAUAAAUAUUUGUAAUAUGAGUAGUGACCAGUGAGUGGCUUAAUACUAUAUAGUAUAUUUAAAUUACCACUACUAAAGAUACAAACUUAAGUAUAAAAUUCUGCCGAAAUUGGACGUAUUUUCAAAAUAUAUACGGUCAUACGGAGUCUUCCGAUUUCCGAACGAAUCAAACGUUGAAAAUUAAUAAUUUUAUUAUAUCUUACUUCUCCAGAAAUCAAAUACAUAUGCUGCAAGUAAUAUAAUUUAACAUCAUGGAUAAACAAGUGUAGUCCACAUUUUUAAAAAGGCUACAUCAUAACUAAACCAGUGUUUUAAAAAUUAAAAUGCCAUAACAAAAUCAAAUACAAAAUAAUUGAUUCCCUGUAUUAGGUACCCAUUGGCCAUCAUGAAGCUUAGGAUUUUUUUUCAUUUAAAACGGUUCAACUAAACAUGUUACCUGGACAGUUUAGAAAAAUAGUGAAGAGUUUUUCUCUUUGUAUUUUUUUCCGGAAACUAUCCUUAAAAUUGAAGAUAAAAAUAUAAAAUCAUGUUUGCUGAUUUUAUAAUUAUAUCAGACAAAAAACAAUGAUUAGUUGUGAAUUCAACACAUUCAUCUUUACUUUCACAAUCUAUAAAUUAGAUUAUUACUUUUUAGAUCUACAUCCAAUCAGAUUUUUGUAAGCAUAUAAUGAAAUAAAAGAGACAAUUUUGAACCGUUUCUUAAAAUUGUUCUUAUAAAAUAUUUAAAACGAUUAAAUAAAAAGAAAACAGUUAAUAUUGUUGCUAAUGGUGACAAAAUCUAGUUUUAUUUAAAACAAACAUGUUACAUCGACACUAUAGGCACAUUUUCAGUUGUACCUACAGUGGAUAUUAGGAGAACCGAACUCAGCUACGUUUUUUGGCUUGACUUAAUCUCUUCAAGAAUUUUGCUACAUUUUCAGCUACAUUACAUUUCUUCUGUGGAUUACAUCUAAACGAUAGAAAAUUAUGCAUUUUUCUAGAAGUUUAUUUAUGAUGGAUUCCAUAAAGGCAUACAGCAUUUACGUUUUUAGUAAAUUGAACGGACAAGAUCAAAAACCAUCAAAAAUUAUAAAUUAUAAUCGUCCCGUUAUCAAACCUGGAAUGGUUGUCGGUUUCUGCAACCCGCUGUUAGAUAUGACUGUGGUAGGAAACCCGGAAAUAUUGAGAAAAUACGAUCUAAAGAGCAAUGAUGCAAUAUUAGCCGGGGAAAAACAAGCGGGAAUAUACGAAGAAUUAGAAAAAGAUCCAAACGUACAAUACACUGCUGGAGGUUCCGGUCAAAACUCCUUGAGAGUUGUCCAAUGGAUAUUAGGAGAACCGAACUCAGCUACGUUUUUUGGUGCAGUCGGGAAUGAUCGGUAUAGUGAAAUAUUGAAACGCGAGGCGAACCGUGAUGGACUGGACGUGAAAUACCAAUACCAUUCUGACAAGCCCACAGGAACAUGUGCUGUCAUUAUAACAAACGGUGGAAAAUAUCGAUCGCUGUGUGCCAAUUUAUCAGCAUCUAAAAGCUACACAGGUGACCAUUUGGAACUACCAGAAAACAAACAAAUAAUUCAAAAUGCAAAGUUUUACUUAGUGACUUAUUUUUAUUUUAGGGGUUUUUUUUUAGUAUCAAAUCCUAGCGCCAGUGAAAAAAUUGCAAGAAUCGCAUACGAAAGGAAUCGCCCAUUAUUAUUCAACAUGAGUGCACCAUAUAUUUACGAAUCAUAUCUUGAUUCAGUUAUGUCCAUCUUUCCGUAUAUAAAUAUUAUAGUUGGAAGUGCCGAAGAAGCUAAAUCAUUUGCCUUAGCAAAUAACUGGGAGACAACAGAUACAGAGACUAUCGCACUCAAGUUAAGUACAUUUAAUGUUAGAAAUUAUGGACAUCGCUUAGUUAUUUUAACUCAAGCCGAAAAUCCAGUUAUCGUGGCUACGGGUAAUCAUGUUAGAAAAUUUAAAGUACCGAAAAUAUCUGAGAAAGAUAUUGUGGACACAAACGGGGCAGGCGAUGCAUUCGUUGGUGCAUUUAUAGCUAAAUAUGUUUUGGGUUACCCGCUGAAAAUAUGUAUCCAUAGUGGAAUCGAAGCAGGAUCUUAUAUCAUAAAACAACAUGGAAUGACAAGAGGAGAUGCGUUCAAUGUUUAAAUAGGUAAAAUGCACUU